AUGGCCCCCCAUGUCAACCUCAUCUACCCCUUCGUCAAGUUCACAGACUCUGGUGCCCUUCGCCUGGCCUGUGAUGCCAUUGUCGAUUGCCUCGCCAACCGCACACCCUCGGGCGAGGCCGCCGCUCUUUCCGUCCACCUGGACUCGUCAGAUUAUUUUCAACACCGAAAUGGCAGUACCCUGUUUUUGUGUGAUAAGGAUGCCAAAAGGACAUCUCAGCUUACCUCUCUGAGAGCCGCAAUUUUUGCAGCCAUUGGCCAGACACGUUCCGAGCCAUAUAACAUGCACAUGACGGUGGCUCAGUGUGAGGAUACGACGCACACAUCCAAGCUCGAGUUCCUCCUUGAAAAGCUGCGGCGUCUGCCACUCGUGAGUUGGGAGGCUAGCCAGCUGGCAGUUCUAGUUCGCGCACCCUCAGGUCAGAUGAAGCAGUGGGGUAUCAUUGAUCUUACCUCGCCCUCUCUGCGGCUCUGUGAGGACUCCUUUGGCCUGGACCAAGAUACAACUGCGACUUUGAUCCCCCAACAAACAUGGUUUAUCUCCGAAUGUCACUCGGCAUGGCAGCCGGUGAACGCGGUUUCUUCGGAGCCGCCACAUUCGGAUGUCAAGCCUCCAGAAAACCUCAUCGUCGCCAGUUGGAACGUCCUUGCAGAGUUUCACUGGCCUCCUUCUCGCACAAGAUAUCCCAUAAUCAUCGAAAACCUGCUUGCAGCAAACUCGUCAGCAGAUGUUGUAGUACUUCAAGAGAUAACCGACGACUUUCUGCCAUUCUUGCUCAAGGAUCACCGCAUUCGAAACCAAUACACAUACGUAUCACACGGAUCGCCCGACGACCCUGCUGCCGGCCCGUUGCCCAACAUACUUAACAACGUGGUCCUUAGUAAACACCUCUUUUCCUGGGAAUAUCUUCCCUUCAAGCGUCAGCACAAAGGAUCAUGUGUACUCAAAUUUGACGGCCUAGGACACGGCGAGGCAGAGGGCCGCGCCUUGCCUCUGGUACUGGCAACCUGCCACCUCAGUCAGGGUCUGACAGACGGCGCUGUUGUCGCUAAAGAAAGAGAACUCCAGCGCAUAUUGAACCAUCUCAAGACCUGUUAUGCAGCCAAUCAAUGGAUCAUUGCCGGCGACUUUAAUGUUGCCACUUCUUCCUACACUGUCGAUACCGCCGUCAGAAAGGGAUCAAUCACUGUGCAGACGGAGAAUGUUCUCCGAAGCAUCGAGACAACUCUAGCGGAAGCCAACCUCCUCGAUGUCUGGAUGGUCUCACGCAUUGAGGCAGGCGUCAGUGACAAUCUCAAAGGGGAUAUUGGCGACAUUUUUGAAGGUGAACAGGGCGCGACCUUUGACCCUAGAGAGAAUCCGCAUGCUGCCAAGAUGGUUGGAAGCGGCCUCAAUAACCGUCCGCAGCGAUAUGACCGCAUUUUGGUCAAGAGCGGAGGCCCCUUGCAAAUCUCACGCUUUAACAUGUUCGGCUUUAUUACCGGCGAAGGCGGACCCGGAGAAGGCCUAGUAUACGCAAGUGAUCACUGGGGCAUCCGAUGUCUUCUGCAGCGCCUCGCCGCUAGGGAUUCAGCAGCUAUCAACGCCCGUGUGGUUCCCGUCCAGCACAAGAAGGCCCCGGCCGGUCUGUCGGACGCUGCCGCGUUGAGACAGUGUAUGGAGAACCUUGACAUUUUCCCAACGGAUCAAGAUGAGACCACCCGGAAAGAGGCGCUUCAGCUACUGCGGCAAAUCCUCUUGGAGUCGGACCAGGCGACCCCAGAUCAGACACGGGGCCGUCCUGCCAUUGUGCUGGUACCCGUAGGGUCGUACGGUCUUGGUACCUGGUCUAGGACGUCUGACAUCGACUGCCUCUGCAUAGGGUCCAUUAGCCCCCGCGUCUUCUUCACCCUGGCCCGUCAAAGGCUGAGAAAGUCGACUGACCCGGGUGUGCGGUUGUUGAGGAAAGUCAAGGCCAAGACAGGCACCAUGUUUGAGGUCGAGAUUAACGGCGUGAAAUGCGACCUCCAAUACUGCCAAGCACCCAACGUAGUAGACCAGUGGCCCGAAAUGCUAAAGCGGCCUCCAUCAGACCCGACUUUCAGCUUACCCAUGCAGACACUCCUAAAGCUGAAACCUGCCAGGGAUCUGUUCUACCUACAGCGCUCGAUUCCAGACCUGGCGCAGUUCCGCGCGAGUUUUCAAGUCAUCAAGGCCUGGGCAAAGUCGCGCGGGAUAUACGCAGCCAAGUUUGGGUAUUUCGGCGGCAUACAUCUGUCCGUCAUGUUGGUUAAGGUCUGCAAGAUGCUCUUGCGCGAUGGCGGCGUAGUCUCUACUGCUGACAUUAUCACGACUUUCUUUGACCACUACUCACAGUUUGAUUGGAAGAACGACAUGGUGUUUGAUCCAUUCUUCCACAAGAUUUUGAGGUAUCAUCGUACGCCGAGGGAGGCCAUGUGCCUUCUCGGCUGGCACUCUCCGACGCUCAACACGGCGCUCAUCGCCUCCGUUCCGACCGUGAAGAUCAUCGCGGCUGAAAUUGCCCAGACCGCUACCCAAGUAUGGGGAGACGGAGCAAGCUGGCAGUCCCUUCUGUCUAUCCCAGACUUGAGCCAGGACAAGAAUUUAACACCGAGCGCCUCGAGUUUCCUCGGUUCAUACCGUUCGUUCGCCAAUCUUCGCAUUCACUAUUGGGGUGCCUCCCUCGAACGCGGGAGCAGACUCGUUGGCUGGCUAGAGUCCCGUUGUGCGUCGCUUCUGGUCGAUAUGCACAGGAGGGUGCCUCAACUCUCGGCCAGAAUUUGGCCCGCCAGGUUUGUAGACUCAUCCACUUCCGAAGCCAAGGGGACCCAGGGCGACUACCAGGGCUCCUAUCUUGUCGGAUUAGAGUGGAUGAACUCGGACGAGAAGCCAUCAAAGGAUGACUUGGAGACGGCGCACAGUAACCUGCGGGGCGUUUUGCAGCAGUUUGAAAAGCUUAUCAUGAGUGACGAAAAGUAUUUCGAUCCAAACACUAUGUGGUUUAGCGCGACCGUUGUAAGGGGAAGCGAGCUGGGCGACCUGCAGUUGGACAGUCGCGAAUGGGGUGUAUACGUUGACGGUGACGACGACUCGGACACGGAGGAUGAAGAACAGGAAGAGGAGGAGGAGGAGAACCAGGAGUGGCUCUUGGAGAAGGCGGCAAAGAAGGGCAAGUCGGCAAAGCAACGCUCGACGACGACCCGGAAACCCGAGGGGGCGGGCAAGCUGCGCACAGCACUUGACGUGCUGAACCGGUUGCGAUGGGACCCGGACAUUGACAGCAAUGACUUCCUUAUCGGGUACGAGGAUCGAUUUCUAGGGCCACAAGAAAAGGCUCUUUCUGCUUGGAAGAGUGAACAGACGCAUGAAGAGUUCAUCCCCCAGCACCGCAUCUUAUGGUUCAAGCGCCGGAGCGACGAUGUCAUCGUUUGGCAUAGGUCCGAACGCAUUGACCUGCUCUUCAAAAAGGCACAAGGCAAUGUCCCGGAUACGACGCAGCAGGAACGAGGUGAAUGA